AUGGAAGGCAGUACGGCAGCAGAGCCCGACCGGACCCUAACCGCAACACGGCAAGAUGAAGAGCCCGAAGGAGAAACGCCUCAAACUCAAGAACCACCCGCGAAAAAACCGAAGAAGGCGUCAGGUCCCAAGGCAACCGCAUCAGCAGGGAAAGGAGCAGCGAGGAAAGUCGUUACGAGGGCGACAGCCAAGAUCCCAGAGGAACGUGAAGAGUCCGGGCAGGAAGACCAAGACGACAUCCAGGAAACCUUAGGAAAUGGUUGGACAGAGAUCGUUGGAGCCGUCAGAGAUCCAGACGCAGAGGAAGCCGUGACCACUAAAAAGACCGGCGAAGGAAGACCAGGCUCGGCCAAAAACCCCAUCGCAACGGAAGGGCUUCAGCAAACCCAAAGAUCCCUCCAAACUCGGAUCCUCGCGAUGUACGACAAGGCGGAAGAAGCCGUGGAGUCGGGCGACCAUGCCAAAGCCGGGAUUCUCCUGAAAAUCUGCGAAGGUCUAUGCCAAGUGGCCACUGGACCUGCUGGAGGCACCCAACCCCCUGGUAGCUUCUCGGAUGGAGCGAACCCAGUCCAGAAAUAUUACUGA